GUGUGUGUGUUUUUGGGAGAGGGGUUUUUACUUGGGACAUCGGUGAAGGUUUUGUGUGUCUUUUGUGGUUUUGUUGAUGUUUGUGUUUUGUUUUGAUCGUGUUUGGCUGAAUCGAGCUUUAUUGAGUGGGAAAGGUGGUAACAUUUUGGUUUUUUUGGGUGAUUUUUGGAGUGAUUUUUGGUUUAGGAGUCUUAAAUUUAUGCGAAAUUGAUGGUUGGGCAGGCAUUCAAGGUGAAUUUUCUUUGGAGUUGGGGGUGAUUUUAUAUCCUGGGAAAAAGGUGGAAGAGAUGAUGGAUUUUGGUUGGUGUUUAGAUUGACGCUUUCAGUGGUUUUUUUUUUCUUUUGUUAAUAAUCAUGGUGCAGUGUAAUUGGUAACGGGGGCCGCAGCCAUUAUAUGCUUAUUCAGAUUGGGAAAGAAGGAGUUUUGCUUAUUAUCUUUUUCCCUGGAUCAGGGUGUAAUGGAGUUGGAAAGAGAGAAUGAACUAGUAAAAGCUAUAUUAGGUUUGGUAUAUUGUUAUUGGACAGCGUGAUGUGUUGUUAUCUGAAUCACGGAUAAUUAGACUUGGUAAAAUAUGUGGACUUGUGCUAGCACUUUCACUUAAGUACCUCUGUGAGCAAUGUCGGUGAGUAGGGACGCUGGAUGGUUGUUGUUCACAUGCUACAUGAGGAGAAGAAUAGAUGCCUGUGUGGAACUUGUGUGCCUGAAGAAUAGAUUGCAAAUGUUUUUUGUAUAUAUUUUUUUUUCCCACGGAGGCUCUAGUUUACAAUAUAUCUGUUUGUGCUAGAUACGGAUAUAGAUAUUUGGCAUUCUUAGAGUGUAGGUUGUGAUGUCUAAAACCCGCAAUACAAGUGAUUGUGGUUAUGCAAUCUUCAUUCUGGCAAAUGUAGUUUCAUGCUAAAUUGUCCAACAUAUGUGGUAGGAGGUGAAAAAAAAGUAUGUAAUUUAAGACGGUAAACCACAAAAGAAUACUUCUUCAAGCAUGGGGAGGUCGUCUGUUGCAUCUUUUUUUUAGGUAAAAGCAAGCAUGUGAAAUUCCAAUAAGACGCUCUGUUUAUGGUGUACUAGAAGAAACAGUCAAUUUCUUUAGAUAUGUGAAUACUGUGAACGGAAGAAUACCAUAAGAUUAAAAAUUUGCAAUCCUGUUAAUGGAUAACUUGCUUUAAGAGGUAUUUUUGAAGAAAUGUUAGCACUAAGGUUUACUUGUAACUUUCCUCUGUGUGAUGAUUGCCUUUGAUUUAUUAGGCCAAAAACAGUUUAAUCUGACUGUAAAUACAGUUCAGAAUAAGUAACUUGACGGUGAUGUUAAACUGAUAAGGUGUAUAAUGAAGAUAGAAAUUCUCAAAGAGGCUAUUGAGGUGCUUGAUUACUGAAACGUAGAAAUUCAGAACCUUAGGUAUGUGUAUGGAAGCAUUGAGAUAUAAGAAAAAGUGUGGAUCAAGGAAGCCGCAAAACAAUUCAAUUCAAUGCGGGCCUUCUAUUGAUGUCUUUAUCCCUUUUAAUUUUGAUGUAUAUUCUUGGCUGUGUGCAGCAUAGUAAAUGUUGCUCUGUGUACCUGGUCUAAUCUUUAUGUUGGAUUCUACAACAUGGUUUGAAUAUGCGGCAUUUUGAAACCAUUUUGUUUCUUCUUUAAAUUGUCAUGUAAUAUUGUUAGUUGUUUUGCGAGAUGCUUGUGAUUUUAGAGCUUACAGUGAGUGUUGGAAACUGGAAUGUUGGACUAGAAGCUGGAAAGGCUAUUUGAUUGGAAGUUCAGAUUUCAUGUCACUUAUUAUUUAAGUUAACAUGAUCAGAAAUUUAUGGAAAUGGCUCAGAGCAUGAAGGGAAAAGUGUUAUCAGGGCAUCGGAUUUCCCAAGUGAGUGCGAUGGUGCAUGCCUCCAAAUGCGAAUGUCAUAUAGUCCAGCCGCACACUUGCUUCUUUUUCUAGUGCAGUGGACAGACUGCAGUCUUGCGGGGGCCCUUGGACUGCUCAGAAUUCUGAUAUAUAAGGUUUAUGUUGAUGGAACAACAACCAUGUCUACCCACGAAAGAAAAGCUAGCAUUAGAGAAUUCUAUGCUGUUAUCUUUCCCUCUUUGCUACAGCUACAGAAAGGGAUCACAGAUAUGGAAGAUAAAAAACAAAAGGCAAUAUGCACGGAAAGAUAUCGGAGAACAGAUGAUGAUGAUAGGAAGUAUUUUUCAGAGGUAGAUAUUGAGAGAGAGGAAGAAUGUGGGAUCUGCAUGGAAAUGAACAGCAAGAUUGUGCUGCCAAACUGCAGCCAUGCUAUGUGCAUGAAAUGCUAUCGUGAAUGGAACAAUAGGUCACAGUCCUGUCCUUUCUGCCGUGAUAGCCUGAAGAGGGUAAACUCCGCCGAUCUAUGGGUUUACACCGAUAGCAAAGAUAUAGUUGACAUGACUACUGUGACUAGAGAAAACUUGAGACGGCUCUUCAUGUACAUAGAUAAACUACCUGUUGUCAUCCCUGGCACCGUCUUUGACGCCUAUGAUUCUCAUGUCAAAUGAGAAUGCUCGUAUAUAUAAUAAUAAGUACACAAUUCCUUCUGCCAGUUCUUGUCAGUCGAAUUAACUCAAUUGAUUUAUGAAGAGUUGAUCCCAUUUUCCAGUUUUAAAACCAGAUCCUGAGCUUUUAAGGAAACUGGGGAUAUCUGUAACUAAUGUCCAGGUCUACUGUAAAUGUCUGUACAGCUUAAGUUUCUGUAUGUAAAUCAACAGAACAUUGUUUUCUGUCUGGUUACUGAUGUCUUAUUCUGCAUUUUAAUUUCAACAUAAUUGAAAGAAUCAA